AUGAAUGUGUUUAAUGUGUUUCAUUCCCUGAGCUGCCUGGUUCUUCUAUUCCAGGUCGCACAAUCAGCUCUCAUCCCCAUUUGCCAAUAUGACUCGGACAGACAAACCCAACCUACCACACCGGACUCCAAUUCCGAAUCUGGUAUACCUAGCCUCCCCUGGGCACCCUCAUCUGCUGCAACUCCUAGUGUACCACAGCAGGCAGGGAGUCCUGAAAUAGCCGGAACCACAGAAUUAAUCAUUCCUUACUAUGUCUACCCAUCCGAAGGGGCCUGGGUGCCACUGGAAAAAUUGGCUACUGACAAUCCCAAUGUGAGUUUUACUGUCAUCGUCAACCCCGCCAGCGGUCCUGGCGCAGAUGCUGUGCCGGACCAAAAUUGGCGUAGAGAAAUCCCCAAGCUUGCAUCCCACAGCAAUGUGGUGAUCCUCGGCUAUAUCGCGACACGCUACGGAGGCCGGCCGAUAGACCAAAUCGAGCGGGAUCUCAAGACCUAUGCGGAAUGGCCAACAGCCGGUAAUGACGCCAACCUCAAGGUUCACGGCAUCUUCCUGGACGAAGUUGCCGGUGAGCCUGACGAAAAGAAACUGGCAUACUACCGACAGAUCACCGCCACGAUCAAAGGAAAUAAGGGGCUCGGUCCAAACAACAGAGUGGUGCUCAAUCCCGGCACUGUCCCCGACAAAGCCUACCUCGAUAUCCCGGACUCGACAGUCAUCUUCGAGUCCCCGCACAACCGGUGGCAGGAAGCAUUGAAAGGAGGCCUCUUCGAUCCCAUCAAGAAUGUCGAUAAGGCUCGUCUUGCGUCAAUGGUUACCGCUGUCCCCGCGGGAACUGACAUUCGGGGUCUGGUUAACGAGCUUCGUGACGUUUCCGGUCACGUCUAUCUGACCACCGCCGCCAGUUAUACCGAGUACUCUACAUCCUGGGAGGAGGUGGCGCGCAUCCUAGCUGCUUGA